AUGGCUUCCGACUCGAAUGCGCGGCCUGCUAAAGUGUUAUUUGUCUGCCUGGGAAACAUCUGUCGUUCCCCCAUGGCCGAAGGAGUGUUCCGUAACCUGGCCGGCGCCCACCCCUCCAUCGGUGAGAUUGACUCCGCUGGUACAGCCGCCUAUCACAGCCUCGAACCGCCCGACUCCCGCACCAUGGCUACGCUGCGCCGCCAUAAAAUCCACGAUUACGAGCAUGCCGCCCGAAAAGUGACAAGGGAAGACUUCCUCACCUUUGACUACCUCCUCGCCAUGGACAAGUCCAAUCUCCGCGAGCUGCAGGAUGUGCGCGACUCCGUCAUUGCGACUCUGCAGAGGAAGACAGACAACAAGCCAAGUUCAAGGAGGACGCGGUCGCAUGUGGAUGCUGCUAUCGGUACAUACGGGGCGGAUGCGAAGGUUGCUGAGGUGCGAUUAUUUGGCGAUUUCGGCAAGGGUGGAAAACUGCACGAGCGCAUUGGCGGUGGUGAGGUGGUGAAUGAUCCUUACUAUGGGGGUGCUAAUGGAUUCGAGGAGGUCUACCAGCAGGUUGUGAGAUUCACCCAAAACUUCGUGGAUUACUUGGGGCGAGAGCUCAUUGAUGAAUGA